ACAGCAGCUGCUUCUCCACACACACAGAUUUCCCCACUUUUUCUCACAUUCUACUAUCAUAAUACAUAUACCCACUAAUCUAAACACGUAAUUAGCAUUAAUUACAUCGAAUCUUCUCACACUUUACUUAACCCCCCCAUCAUAAUCACCCACUCAAGCAAGGCAUAAUUUCCAACUGAAAAUCCCCCAUCGUCAACUAAUUUCUUCCUAUUCCACUUUCCCCCCCUUUUUCGCAAUGUCGUGUAAUUGCUCAGAGAUGUGGGAGAAUUUACUGGGCUGCUUGUGCGGAGAGAUCAAAGAUUCGCCCAAAAUCGAGCAGCAGCAGCAGCAGAAGAAGAAGAUCAAAGGCAUUGUCGUGUUGAAGAAGAAGAAUGUGAUGGACGUCACCGACGUCGGCGCCUCCUUGCUCGACCGCAUCCACGAGCUCUUCGGCAAAGGCGUUUCUCUGCAGCUCGUCAGCUCUCAUUCCGCUGAGCCAGGAAACUCGAGAAAGGGGAAGGUAGGGAAAGAGGCAUAUUUGGAGGAUUGGUUGCCGAAGCUGACUUCUCUCAAUGCAGAGGAUCACGCCUCUUUUAACGUCACCUUUGAUUGGGAUGUUGAAUCUCUCGGAUUUCCCGGCGCUUUGAUCGUCAAAAACCAACACCAUAGCCAGCUAUACCUCAAGUCCGUCGCCUUGGAAAACGUCUGCGGUUACGGCCGCGUCGAUUUCGUCUGCGACUCGUGGGUUUACCCCGUGCGUCGCUAUAAAUACGACCGCGUCUUUUUCGCGAGCAAGACGUACCUCCCGGGGGAGACGCCGGAGCCCCUGCUCUUUUACAGAGAGCAGGAGCUCCGGAGCCUUCGAGGCGAAGACCGCCUCGAAGGCUCUGGGAUGCUCAAGGAGUGGGAUAGAGUGUAUGAUUAUGCGUACUAUAACGACCUAGGCGCCCCCGAGAAGGGCGAGGAAUAUGCUCGCCCCGUGCUCGGGGGCCCCGACUAUCCGUACCCCCGUCGAGCGAGGACGGGGCGUCCGCCGAAUAAAAAAGAUCCCACCAAUGAGAGCAGGCUGUUUCUGUUGAGCUUGAACACGUACGUGCCGAGUGAUGAGAGGUUCAGUCAGGUGAAAUUCUCGGAUUUCAUAGGUUAUGCUCUGAAGUCUCUGGGGCAGGUGAUCGUGCCGGAGAUCAAGGCGUUGUUCGACAAGACUAUAAACGAGUUCGACACGUUUGAAGACGUUCUCCGCCUCUACGAAGGCGGAGUUAGGGUCCCGGAUGACGGCCACUCCCUGAGUAAACUCAGGAAGUGCGUCCCGUGGGAGUUGAUCAGGGAACUCCUUCGUUCCGAUGGCGAACGCUUUCUUAAGUUCCCCGUGCCCGAUGUUAUUAAAGUGGACAAGACUGCAUGGAGAACAGAUGAAGAAUUUGGAAGGGAAAUGCUAGCAGGAGUCAACCCUGUUGUCAUUCGACGUCUCCAGGAGUUUCCACCGAAAAGCAGACUAGAUCGGCGACAAUACGGCGAUCAAGAUAGCCGCAUCACGCGAGCGCACCUCGAAGAAAACAUGAAUGGACUCACCAUAGAAGAAGCCAUAGAGAGGAACAAGAUGUUCAUACUAGAUCACCACGACGCAUUGAUGCCGUACCUGAGAAGGAUCAACACAACAUCAACAAAGACCUACGCGAGCCGAACGAUCCUCCUCCUUCGAGACGACGGCACUCUGAGGCCACUCGCCAUCGAGCUCAGCUUGCCGCACGAGGACGGGGACGCCCUCGGGGCCACGAGCUGGGUGUUCGCCCCGUGCGAGCACGGGGUGGGGAACGCCAUCUGGCAGCUGGCGAAGGCCUACGUGGCGGUCAACGACUCGGGCUAUCACCAGCUCAUAAGCCACUGGCUCAACACUCACGCGGUGAUGGAGCCGUUCGUGAUCGCGACGAACAGGCAGCUGAGCUCGAUCCACCCCGUGCACGGGCUUCUGAAGCCGCACUUCCGCGACACGAUCCACAUCAAUGCCCUGGCUCGGCAGAUCCUCAUCAACGCCGGCGGGGUGCUCGAGACCACCGUGUUCCCGGCGAGAUACGCCAUGGAAAUGUCCAGCUUCGUUUAUAGAGACUGGAACUUCACUGAGCAAGCACUCCCCGUAGAUCUCAUCAAAAGGGGAGUGGCGGUUGCCGACGAAAGCCAGCAGCCCCACGGCCUCAAACUCCUAAUACCAGACUACCCUUUCGCCGUCGACGGCUUGGAAAUCUGGUCCGCAAUCCAAGCCUGGGUCACCGAAUACUGCUGCAUCUACUACCCCACCGACGACGCCGUUUCCGGCGACGCCGAGCUCCAAUCAUGGUGGAAGGAGCUCCGCGAGGUCGGCCACGGCGACUUAAAGGAGAAGCCGUGGUGGCCGAGAAUGGAGACGCGGCGCGAGCUCAUCGAGUCCUGCACGAUCAUCAUAUGGGUGGCGUCGGCCCUCCACGCCGCCGUCAACUUCGGGCAGUACCCUUACGCCGGGUAUCUCCCGAACCGCCCCACCGUGAGCCGCCGGUUCAUGCCCGAGCCGGGCAGCGCCGAGUUCGCCGAGAUGGAGAGGGAGCCCGAGCUGGCCUACCUGAAGACCAUCACGGCGCAGCUGCAGACGCUGCUCGGGAUCUCUCUGAUCGAGAUACUGUCGAGGCACUCGACGGACGAGGUGUAUCUCGGUCAGAGAGACGGCGGGUGGAGCGGCGAGGAGGCGGCGGCGGCGUUUGAGAGAUUUGGGGCGGCGCUGGUUGAUGUGGAGAGGAGGAUAAGGGAGAGGAAUGGGAACCGGGCGUUGAAGAACCGGCAUGGGCCGGUGGAGGUGCAGUACACCUUGCUGUACCCGAACACCUCUGAUUAUAGUAGAGAGGGAGGCCUUACUGGGAAGGGAAUUCCCAACAGCAUCUCUAUAUGAACUUGAUCAAUUUUUUUUUUUUGGAUUGUGUCACAGCUUUGAUUUCACCACGAGAUAGAAUGAGUAUUCUUUUAUUACAUUAUAGUUGUUAUGGUUUUUGUCAUGCUAGGUAACUGGGGUUGUAAUCGAAUCGAAGUGAAUAUUGUCAUGUUCGAUUUACAUUCGUAAAAAUAUUCUAAUAUUCGAAUCAGUAUUUA